CCUCGAUUCUGGGGAUCACAAACGCACUGGCAUAUCGUCGCAAUGGCACUAUGGAUGCCGUCACUGUCACUGUGACCCACACGUCUUGGUCUACGUUAUUCUCGUCACUCUCAUGCCCUACCACGACUGUGACUCUGUGCAAUGCUCAGUGCACCGCUGCACCUGCCGCAGUCGCCAACAACGCUGACGUCGUCUACGAGACAUUGUCAAACUGUCAAGCUGGACAGGUCGUCACCAUCUCUGGCACCGAAACCACUCUUGUCCAGUCGACUAGCCUGAUUGUCGAGAGGACCAUCAGCGAUCUGAUGGUAAUGCCUGGCUCGGCCACUGACAGUGGCUACACAUAUACUGCCGCGGCAACCAUCACCAAUGUCGUUCACCCUUCCUCCUUCACUGCCAAUGAAGGUCAAGUGGUUACAUGCCAGAUGGGUGUGACCACAGUCACUGGUGGUGAGGUCGUUCUCACAGAUUGCCCUUGUACGGUGCAGUCGACUGUCCUCGAAGUGACUGCGACUGGCCAUGGACCCUUACCAACUGCUCUGGUACCUUCAGUCUCAACCGAAUAUAUUGUGAAGAUCAUCUAUGUCUACAUCAUCGAAUAUAUCGUUGAUCAGAUCCCGACAACAAUCACGCGAACGGCCACCAGCACUCUUACAACUGUUCAGACAGAGACAGGGACACAGACAGAGAUUAAUACGAUCACAGCCGCGCCCACGAGCUUAAUUUGUCCUUCAAGUAUGGCAACUGUCAACAAUGUUGUCUUUAUGCUAGAAUGUGACACCUCAUAUAAUGGUGUCAUCGUCAACAACCUACGUAAACGUCAAGCUUUCAACUUGCCCGGCGUAUCUGCGGCCCUCUACUCAUGCCUCUCACAAUGCUCCAGUGAAGGAGACUGCGUAGCUCUCUCGUUUGACGAUAGCACUUCUGUGUGCAGCAUCUUGACUCAGAUUGAUGCACAGGGUCGAGUGACCGCGUCCGGAACCAUCUUUGCGACCGUUGUUUUCAGGCCCACAAGCCCUUCGGUAAGCCCCUCGGCAAGCCCUUCGGCAAGCCCUUCGGCAAGCUCCUCGACACGCCCUUCAACAAGCCCUUCGACAAGCCUUUCCGCAAGCACCUUCGCAUCAGCAAGCGCCUCGGGGUUAUCACGUCCUUUGUCGUCGACUAGCGCUUCGAUUUCUUCAGUGUCUGGGGUACGCACCAGCUCAAGGGUCAGUCCCACCGCCUUAAGCUCAACAAGUACUACUAGCGUCAGCAUCAGCUCCACCUCUGAAUCUAGUAGCAGAUCUCGCUCGAGCGGCGUCCCCUAUCCUAUCUCGAACUCUUCGCUCGAGUGUGGUUCUGCCUGUGACGAGCUCAUCUCUGGUUCCGAUAUCAAUCCCAAGCACCUUAUCCUCCCUGAACGGCUCGAGUUUCGCCAUGAGCACGCGAUCGUCUGUCUCGAAUUCGUCGGUCAUCUUCAUCCCUCAACAAGCAGCAGCUUCGUUUCGAGCACGAUAAGACCGGUUACCAACUCGUCGACAAGUGCUGCGCCAAGAACCACACCUGUCGAUCCUUUCACCAACUGUGAGGUCGCAAACGAUUUGCUGGACUAUGGCCCGGCUAGCUCUUACUGCUCCUCGAUCUACCCAGUCACUGCUUCUACGAGUCUAUUCGAUGCCACAGUCACCGAUGUUGUGACAACUACAGGUCCAGCUUCGACUGUCAUUAUGAAUGUGACCAUGUCUACGCAGACAAUCAUCCAAACAUUUGAGGCAUCUACGACCACUACAGUCAUCGUUCCGAGUGAGCUUACGAUCGAUCAAACUGUCACUUAUACCACGAUUGAAACGGCCCUACCAUUGACAACAGAGAGCAUAAACUAUCGGAAAAGACAAGUGCUACCCUCGAUUCAGGCCAGUGUUUUCUCCAGCAUCCUAGAACGUCCAUCUUCAGAUAUUGCCUUUGUAUGCUCCUGCUUACAACCUGUACCCACCAUCUCGAUCACCGAUGUCCGGACUGUCUUCAGCACAUCAACAGUCACUCCGGUCGUUAGCAACAAUGUGACAAUUGUGCCAUCAGCUAUCACUCUGCAGACUACUGAGACUGCCACGAUCACUGAAACGAUAACAACUAUCGACACCACUGUAACGCGGGCCCGCGAUGUGACUACAACCACUACUGUGCAGCUAGCGGCACCUACGCCUGCAAGCUGCAAUAACGAGGGCAUUCAAUGGUAUUGCAUCUAUGAUCUCCUGCUGCAUCCGGCACAUUUGCUGAUAUCUGUGUACAACUCCGACUAUGUUUACAGCGGCUACGAUCCAGCCGUGAUCAAAUCGAAAAAUCCCGAAUAUCAAGCUACAGCUUCCGUAUGUGGUGGACUGUACGAGAGCAACGUCGGCCAGAUCUCCAUCUACGGAAGCACCCAAACCUUCCAGUCUGACUAUUUCACCUUGAACCAUGUUGGAUAUAUCUUCGCACAAUCGAGUGGCACGUACACCUUUACCUUAAGUCAGCCCGACGAUAUCGCCUUCUUAUGGCUCGGUUCGAACGCAUACUCGGGGUGGACUCGUGCUAAUGCCGAUGCGACCGCUGUUAUUUCCAGCCAUCCUUUGGCUUCCGCUACUAUCGAUCUCGUUCAAGGACAGUACCUGCCAUUCCGUAUCGUCUUUGGUCAGGCCCANGGAGUUGUUAGCUUCUACCUCUCUGUCGCAGCUCCGGACGGUACUGUGAUCCUAAACAGUAACACUCCUAACUCGCAAUUCCUCGUCCGAUUUUCUUGCGAUGGCACCUUGGCACCUGCNUUUCCUGCCUUCGGAACGGAGACU